CCAUUUGUUACAAAUAUGCCAAAAAAUAACUACCAUUAUAGUAGCUAAUACAAAAGUCAGAACCAAUACCAAUCCAAUCAAACGAAUACCAAUGCGUUACGAACUACCAAUAACAAUCCAACCUAUACCAAUGUAAGGACUACCAUUAUUCCUAAACAAGUACGUAACAAUACCAAUCCGAAACAUGUAUGCAGAAAACUACCACUGCAUGAAAGGACUACCACUGCAUCAAAGGACUACCACUGCAUGGAAUGGGGCGGAGGAGGACUUUGGUGAUGUGGAGGCGGCGGCGGAGGGGAUUGCGGCGAGUGGUAGCUGGGUGUUGGCGGCGGCGACAUUGUUGGUGCUGGCGGCGGGAGCUCACAUCCGGGCUUCGAUGGUGGAGGAGGCGGUGGCGGUGGCGGUGGAGUUGUGCAUGGAACUCGGCGGUCGCCAUUGAUGCAACGUCGGCGAUGAUGCAACGCCGGCAAAAAAAGGUGGACUUCGAAGUGUACACGGCGGCAGAAUUAGGGCCGGCCAAAAAACGUGGCAUUCGAAAAGCCCUACGCUGAUUAAACUACCUAAUAAUUAAUUACCGUAAUUAUCUCUUCCUAAUUAAUUGCGUAAUUAAAAUGGUAGUUUGAAUUAGGAUGAAAGCAAAAUACCCUUCUUAUCCCUAGUAACCACCGUGGUUACUAACACGAAGUAUCCACCAUAACCUGUCCCAUUGACUCACUGCAUCUAUUCAUCUCAUUUGCCUACCUUGUUAAUUAUAUUAUACUUCCUGGCCUGCUGGUGCUUAAUUAUUAAUUGCACCUUCUACCUACAUUCAUUGCUCCUCCAUUCAUUCAUCAGAAUCAGUCAUCUUUAUUAAUGAUCUUCAAUUCCCAUGUCAAAGGGAUCGGAUGAACUUGGAAUAUAUAGGUUCAGGUCCUUCCUAUACUUAUAUAUAGGAUGUAAAAAAAAAAAAAAAAACUGUAUAUGAUAUUUAGAAGACAACAACUUAUACUGUAUCUAUAUAUUAUUUUGGUAGUAAGAAAGAAUGAUCGGAUGAUGUAGGAUAUCCGAUAGUAUAACUAAUUAAGGAACAACCUAGCUAGCUAUAACAUCCAACAUAAAAUAGGAAGUCAUGAUCUGUGAUGUGCUUGUGAAGUAUAAGUAGCGUUUUGAUAGGCUCACAAAAUAGUGGGAAAUUUUAUAUACAAGUUUGUGAAAAAUAAUAGUAUAUAUGUAUUUCUUGAAAUGGCAAAUUCUUGCAUUUGAAAUGGCAUUAUUAACAAUUUAACAUGAUGUAAUGUUAUGAUAACAGUGUUCCAAACGUCUAAAAAUUAAUUUAUCGUGUAAGUAUACAAGAUAAUUUCUAUAUAUGUUUAACAACUUGUAAACUUAGACUUUACACAAUGUUGGUUCAUUAUGGAUCAAGCAAUUGAAGACUGACACAAAAUUUAGUUGGGAUGUUAAAUGAACGAAAAAGGCAUUUACCUAAGCAUUUGACGAGCAUUAUUCUACAUGCAUGCCAUAUAUUGAAUUUUGAAAAUAUAAUGUUAAUUAGUAAUACAUUUUGUUCUUUUUCUGUAUUGAAAACCUAAUAUUAAAAUAGAUUUACACAUUGCCAUGGGUGUUGGCAUUUAAAGAUAGGAAUACAUUUGUACCACCUAACAUCCAUUAAAUGUGUAUUCAAUUCUGCCCUUCCUUAUGUCAUCCCUUAAAGUCCCCCACCUGCCAUAUUCAAUAUUUCGAAUGAGAAAUUGUCUGCAACAACAUCAAAAAAUUCAUGUACAUUUAUCCUCAAUUCUGAGAGGAACGUAUUUCUAAAUUUUCCAUCAACGUAUAUCUCACUUGAUCAUUGAGUCUUUUACAUACUAUCAACAUAGCGCUCGCCUACAAAUCCACUAGUAUGUCGUGUAGACCGAUGAAUACGAUGAAAUUUUGAGAUGGAUCAAUAAUUCGACACUCUCUAUAAAUUAUAAUGGAAAUUGUGGGGUUGGUUAAUUUGGAGUUGCGAGUAGCUAGCUAGUACUGUAGAUGUGAAAUUUUGGAAAGAAAUGGGAGGUUGGGGGCGGUGAGAUGUCUUGUCCGUUUGGUUUUUGGUCUACACACAAAUGGCAAUGGCUGCUAAGUCAUUGCCACACCCAACCUCCACCCGUCUGUCUCCAAACUCCAUUUUGGUAUGCGAUAUAUUUGUACCAAUGCACGAAUAUUAUUAUGUUGUAAAAUAUUUAGCUGAUAACUACUACCAAGGAACUACCUAGUUAGCAAGUGCUACAUUACUCUGAUACAUUAGUACGUAUAAAUUUAUGUUAUAAAAUGGUGAAAUGAACCCUUUACUAUAUGAAUUUGUAAAAAUAUUUCAUAUAUUAAGUUUUUUUGCAACCAAAGAGGCGGUUUACUAAAUAAACAGACGGUUG